UCGAAUUGAAAACAUUAAUUCGUACUAAAUAAUAAAGUGAUAAAAAAAAUUGUUAUUGUUUAUUAGAAAAACAAAAUAAAAACACGCUUAAAAAUGGCUUAUGAAUUAAGUGAAAACGAUAAAUUAUUUUAUAAAAUAAAAACUUUGGAAUUUAAAAUACAACAAUGCCAAAAACCGGUCGACAAUGAACCAGUGGAAAUUAAAAUUCAUACGGGCAAAAUCAGAGGCUCCAAAAGGUAUAGCCUCUAUAAAAAGAUCUACUAUAGUUUUGAGCGUAUACCCUAUGCUUUGCCGCCAGUGGGAGAUUUAAGAUUUAGGGCUCCCAAGCCCAUGACAUCAUGGAAAAAUGUGAAAGAUUGUAGCAUGUAUGGUGAAAAGCCUAUGCAAUAUUCUCCUAUGGACCCGCAAACAAUAGAAGGUUCCGAAGAUUGUUUGUUUGUAAAUGUUUAUACAAAUAAUAUUAGGCCAAUUAAACCUAGACCUAUAAUGGUGUGGAUUUAUGGUGGUGGUUUUCAAUUUGGCGAAGCCAAUCGUGAAUGGUAUGGACCGGAUUAUUUUAUGGGAAAAGGUGUAAUUUUAGUUACAGUACAAUAUCGUUUGGGAGCUUUAGGUUUCCUAAGCCUAAAAGAUCCAGUCCAACAUACCCCCGGCAAUGCAGGAUUAAAAGACAUUAUAUUAGCAUUAAAGUGGGUUAAAAAGAAUUCAGCUAGAUUUGGUGGUAACCCAGACUGUGUAACGUUGUUUGGUGAAAGUGCCGGAGCAGCAGCCGUGCAAUUUCUAAUGUUAAGUGAGCAUGCUCGAGGCUUGUUCCAUCGUGCCAUUUUACAGUCUGGCGUGGCAACUGCUGACUGGGCCACUUCUGAAUGUACUACACGCAACUAUGAUUUAGCAGUAGCAGCAGGCUAUAAAGGGUCACACAAGGAGAAGCACAUUUUAAAGUAUCUGCUGAGUUUAACGGCUGCAGAAAUUGUAGAAGCGGAACGAAGUUUGCAGCCCAAUCAUAGAGAAAUGUUUGUUUUUGGUCCAAAUGUAGAACCCUACUUUACGGCUCAUACGGUGUUUUGUAAACCAGUGGAGGAGCUACUGGAAAACGCUUGGGGUAACAAUAUUCCGGUGAUUUUGGGAGCAAACUCUAUGGAGGGUUUGUUUUUCCAAAGGGCUGCUAUCAAAAAUAAGCCAGCUAUGUUAAAACUCUUGGAAACAUGCUGCCAAUAUGUACCUAAAGCGGCUGCUUUUAAAACUAAUAGUCCAGAGUGCCAAGAAAAAGGCUUGAAAUUAAGAGAAAUUCAUGUUAAAGGUGUAGAAUCCACUUUGGAAGACUUAUAUGAAAUCAUUACCUAUGCAUACAAUUGGCAUCCCAUACAAAAGACCAUUGAUGCACGCUUACAGUAUGGCCGUAAAACUUCAACAUUUCUAUAUCGUUUCGACUUUAACUCAAACAAACUUGUUAAUCCCUUUCGUUUAAUGCGCUCCCUUGAUGGUGAAUGCAGUAGACCAGAUACUGCUGCUGCAGCAGCUACUGUUACUGGCGUUGCACACACCGAUGAACUUGCGUAUCUUUUUAGUAGUGUUUUGGCCAAACCAAUGGAACGGCAAAGCCGCGAAUAUCGCUGCAUUCAACGCAUGAUUUCAUGGUGGACAACAUUUGCGGAGACUGGAAAUCCAAAUAAUGUUAAAAUCCCUGGCAUGCAGGGUGUUAAAUGGCGUUCAUUACAACGCCACGACAGCGACUCUUUCAAAUGUUUGAAUAUCAACGAUGAUUUAAAAUUUAUUGAAUUGCCUGAAAUGAAGAAACUAAUGGUAUGGAAAAGUUUAUAUGAGUUGCAUCGCACGCUGCCGCAGAGUACCAAACCAAUUCAUACGAGUGCUAAAUCAUCGUUAUAAGGCGCGCUGAGAAAAAAAAAACUUAAAUUACUUGUUUUCUUUCAGCCAGAUAAUUUUUUUUAAUAAUAAAAAUGUGUUUUUAUAAACUGUUAA